AUGGCAGAAGGAUUCGAUACCGUCCACGAGAGGAAGAAGAAGCUAGCCAUUCUUAGCAUCUCUUCGAUCCUGCUUGUGGCUAUGGUCGCCGCAGUGGCCGUGGGCAUAAGAACCGACGGCGAACUUAGCGAAGAAGGGGGUGAUGGACAGAUCGCAAAGUCUCAAAAGAACGUUCAGGUUAUAUGCGAAUCCACCGAAUUCAAAGAAACAUGCCAUAAGAGUCUUGAAAAGGCAUCAAACGAAACCACAGACUUUAAGGGGCUUAUCAUAGCCGCGUUCAACGCCACGGCAGAGGAAAUGGUAAAGCAAAUUGAAAACUCCACCCUCUACCACGAAUUGGCCACCGACAACAUGACCAAACAGGCCAUGGAUAUUUGCAAGGAGGUUCUAGGUUACGCUGUCGAAGAUAUUCACAGAUCCGUUCACAUGUUGGACAGGUUUGAUAUUAACAAGAUGGAUGAGUACGCUUAUGAUCUCAAGGUUUGGCUCGCGGGUACACUCGCUCACCAACACACAUGUUUGGAUGGGUUUGUGAACACAACCACCGAUGCUGGCCAGACAAUGGCUAAGGUUCUGAAUGCCUCUUUGGAGCUCAGCAGCAACGCGUUGGACAUAGUGAACGGCGUGUCUAGUCUCUUCAGGGGUCUUAACUUGACCGCCUUUACUACCACCACCAGUACUAGAAAGCUUCUGUCUGAAGCACCUUUGGCUGAUGGUUUCCCUUCAUGGUUGAGUGAAGGGCAAAGGCGUCUUCUCCAAGAUCCCGAGCCUAAACCCAAUGUUGUUGUGGCUCAGGAUGGGAGUGGCCAAGUCACCACACUCACCGAGGCUCUUAAACUCGUUCCUAAGAAGAACAAAAAGCCUUUUGUUAUUUACGUGAAGGCUGGUAUCUACCAGGAGUAUGUUAACGUGGAGAAUCGCAUGAGCCAUGUCACUGUUAUUGGAGAUGGCCCCACCAAGACAAGAUUCACCGGCAGCAAAAACUACGUCGAUGGUAUCCAAACUUACGGCACUGCCACCGUCGGUGUCAAUGGUGCUUACUUCAUGGCCAAAAACGUGGGAUUCGAGAACACCGCUGGAGCUGAGAAGCACCAAGCCGUGGCACUCAGGGUAACAGCAGACAAGGCUGUGUUCUUCAACUGCGCAAUGGACGGGUUCCAGGACACCCUCUACGUGCAAUCACACAGGCAAUUCUACCGUGACUGCACUGUUACAGGUACCAUUGAUUUCGUUUUCGGUGAUGCGGUUGGAGUGUUCCAGAACUGCAAGUUUAUCGUGAGGAAGCCAUUGGACAACCAGCAAUGCAUGGUGACAGCUGGUGGAAGGGCAAAGAUUGAUAGCACUAGUGCACUUGUUUUCCAGAGCUGUGUCUUCACGGGUGAACCAGAUUUGUUUGCCUUGCCCCGCAAGAUAUCGUACCUUGGAAGACCAUGGAGGAUGUACGCCAAGGUUGUGAUCAUGGACUCUCAAAUUGACGACAUAUUUGUUCCACAAGGGUACAUGGCAUGGAUGGGAAGUGCGAACAAGGACACAAGCGUCUACUACGAGUUCAACAACAAGGGUCCUGGUGCUAACACUGCUGAGAGAAUCACGUGGCCUGGUUUCAAGGUGAUUAACCCUGUUGAGGCUGCUGAUUACUACCCAGGGAAGUUUUUUGAGAUCGCUAAUUCAGUUCAGCGUGAUAGUUGGAUCAUUGAUUCUGGAGUACCCUAUUCCCUUGGACCCCUUGCCCCCGUCGCAGCUUAA